AGAAGCUCCUUUUCCCAGCCAUCUUGUGGCUUCAUCUAGCGAAGUGUUCGCACCAAGCCUCGUAGAAUCGGAGUAAAAUCCUGCUGAAGGGGCGCCAUCAUGCCCGGACAAAUGCAAGAAGGUUUCGGCUGUGCUAUAGCCAACCGAUUCGACCAGUUAUUUGACGAUGAGUCGGAUCCGUUCGAGCUUCUGAAGCAGGCCGAGCUGAAGAAGAAGGAAGCCCCGGCUCCCGGUGCCGCCAAGACCGCAGCCCAGCUGGCCAAGCAGCCCAAAAAGGAGUCCCAGAAAGACAGAAAAGUCCCACUAACCGACAAGAAAGAGGAGACACAAGCUCCCAUCCCUCUUAAGAAAGAUGGUAAUAUCCGGAGGGCGAGGGCUUCAGACCCCAGGUCGGCCAGGGAGAGGGGCGCCCCCACAGACAGAAGACCCGUGGACAGGCGGCCCCCACGUCGUUUCGAGAGGCCUGCUGGUGAUGCUGGCGAGAAGCCCGAGGGAGGCGAAUUCUCAGUGGAAAAACCCAUUGGUGAUAGGCCGAUGAGAGGGCGUGGCGGUGGCAGAGGAGGCGUCCGUGGAGGCAGAGGCCGCGGCAUGGGUCGUGGAGAUGGCUUUGACUCCAGAGGAAAGCGUGAAUUUGAUAGACACAGUGGCAGUGACCGAUCUAGUCUGAAAGGCGAGGAGAAGCGUGGUGGAAGUGGAUCUCACAACUGGGGCACCGUCAAGGAUGAAAUUAACGAGCUUGACCAAUCAAACGUUACUGAAGAAACCCCUGAAGGAGAGGAGCAUCCACCCGCUGACUCUGAGAACAAGGAGAAUGAGGUUGAGGAAGUGAAGGAAGAAGGCCCCAAGGAGAUGACUCUGGAUGAGUGGAAGGCUGUGCAGGACAAGGAGCGGGCCAAAGUGGAGUUCAACAUCCGUAAGGCCAACGAGGGAGUCAAUUGGAACCAAGGAUUUGUGCUGCACAAGUCCAAGGCAGAGGAUAAGAAAGAAGAAGUGAUUGAGUCUGAGGUUGAGGAGCCCAAGCUUGAUGAUGAGCACCACUUCCGGAAGCCAGCCAACGACAUUACGUCCCAGCUGGAGAUCAACUUCGGAGACCUGGGCCGUCCAAGCCGUGGACGCGGUGGACCACGUGGUGGCCGUGGCGGUCGUGGCCGCGGCGGCAGCGGUGGUGGAGGACCACCCGGCGCCGUCAGUGGUGAAGCCACUAGGCCGGUCCGCGCACCAAGGCCUGAGAAGUCAUCUGCGUCCGUGCCCAACGUGGACGACCCAGAGGCCUUCCCAGCCUUGGCUUAAGCCCCGGCUGCUGUUUCUCAGGCCUACAGGAGCCUCCGGAGCACCUCCACUACGAGGCUUGCAUGUUCCUGGAUCCUUCAGCAAAGUGAAAUGAUGGAGAAGACUGUCAUUAACUAUGGCACUCAAAGUGAGGACUGAGUUUUACCCAAUAAAAACAAAACGAAGAUGGAAAAAAAAACAGAAAUUAACAAAAAAAAACAAAAAAAGAAAAGGACUUCUUGCUACUCGGGAGCAACUUAUUGGUAGAGGUUUUUUUCACUUGGAAACAAAGUAGCAGGGAUGUUUUUCAUACAGUAUUUUUUUCAGAGGUUAUGCAUUGUCCAUUGAUACAUUUUUGUAAUUGCUGCUUGAAUAUAUGCAUUUUGAGAUGUAACCAUGAGAAAAGUUGUCUUUAGCUCGGUUUGAGCCAUUGCUUGCUCGCUCUGAAACAGGCACUAUGGAGCUCCAACCCAAGCUCAUAAUCUCUGCCACAACAGGUAUUUCUGAAGUUACAGCGUCACUCAUUAAGAUUUACGGAUUUUUUUUUUUUUUUCUUUAGCACUGGGGUAUUGUUUUAUAUUUUAUACAGGAGGUCUAUUCUUCUAUGAUCUUCGGUCUGUAAAUCUUAACUAUUUUCAUAAAUUCCUGCAGAGACUGUAUUUCACAUGGUGCAAAAAUAGGACACACCUUGAUCCUUUGAUCAAGCGUCGCUGCCUAUAUUAGAAUGCAUUGAUGAAAUGGCGCCUAAAUCUGUAUUACGAUCCUUUGGUACUGAAACGUACUGUAGGAUGAACAUUAGGUCAUUUUGGAGGAACUCACCGGGGAUUAAUCUCCUAAAUUUGCAUUGAUCCCUUGAAAAUUUGUCAAGUGGAUCAAUUUGAAGCGGAAAAUUAUUCCGUUUUGUUCUGAUUUCUGAUGUAUUCGGGGUGCUAUUCGCCAUCUAAUAUCCCUUCCUCCCUGCCCAUUUCAUCUUUGAUUGCCAUUUGCAAGUCAAUUGAUGCCUUUUGCUUUUUACUCUUUGAGAGUGAUGCGGAGAGGAAGUGUCUUUACACAGGUGAGACGUGGCUGGGGUCUUCUGGAAGCCCUCAGACCGUCUCCCACUGUUUACACACUCCACUCCUUCCACAGAUUUAAAAACUCAGCCCAGCUUCAGUUUGUGUUUUUUGCAGUCUGUUCUGUGCUGAUAUUUUCCUCCACUGUUGACUUGCCCUGUAGCUUCCACAGUGGCACCACUGCAUAAUUGCUCUGAAAGAAAUACAGUUCGUUCCUUGCGUGGAACAACUGAAGUGCUCUACAAAUGUGUGAACUCUAGCCCUGCUAUUGGAGACCUCUGUCGGUAAAAUAAAGGUGGUCGAUAAAUCUU